AUGCCGAACGCCCAGUUGGCUCCACCAUCUGUUGACAUGGAUCUCGACGAGACAACCUUUGUGACACUAGUUACUGCCAAUGAAUCUCCAGCAAGAAUCUCCGAUAUUCCAACCAUACAAACUCCCAACGGUGGCGUCUUGAUCCCCAGAUCCCGAGACCACGAUAUCGACGAUGAAAUUAGCGACAGUCCUGCAGUACCUUCACCAUCUUUCUCUGGCUUCCACUCGGCUCGCUCUUCCCCUGGGACGACAUCGCGGUUCAAUACAGAGGUCGGAGAAAGCAACAACCUUGACGGCCACACACUGAUAGGCGACGGACAAUCCUUCCUUGCUGACGGGUCUAAUCAAGAUCUAUCAGCUGUCUCUUUCCUCUCCGCCAACCCAUCUAUCUCAAAUAGCCGAUCUCAAAGCCAGGAGCAGUUUGAGCGCCAGGUAGUCGAAGAGCCUCGAGUCACUUCAGGUGCCAAUGGCUCUGGCAACGAUUCACUUCUCUCGCAGGUGCAAAACGAAAACGGUGCUAAUUCCAUUAAUUCCACCACUUCAUCGCCGCAAAGAUAUGUUCAAGAAAGUCCAGAUGUCAGAAGAGAAGACGAAACCAGAGAACCUCCAUCUUGGGAUAAUGUGUGGAGUCUUCUGAAAAGCGGUCUACCAUCUCGUGAAGACGCCGAUCAGGACAAAGAUGAGCUUGAAGAGGAUAUGAACGAUGAUCAAGAAGACCAAGACAGUCUUCUACACAGCAACCAAAGCCCCGAUCUGUCUCCGCACCCAUCUCCUCUUCCCACAAGCUCACGUUCCUCACGCAAGCCACCCCCAAGUGCGCAGCGUGAGCCAUCAUCCCAGAAAUCCCAAGGAUCCCAAAAGAGCAAAUCCUCUUCAAAAAUCAAAACCGAAUCGCGCAGCGCAUCCACCAACUCAAAUCAGGAUUCCCAAAAGCCCAAAGUCAUAAUGAACGCAUCACAGAUGUCCGAAGUCGUGGAUCUAACCUCCGACUCAGUAUCCCCAAGACCACACACAGCAGCCUCGGCACCAAUCACCCCAGGACAGAAGUCAAAGUCUGGCGCACAAAAUGCCAAUACCUCUCCCGGACCAUCCGAUGUACCUACCGCUUCAUCAACGGGGAAAGUACAACGCAUGGUAGAAGUGAGCAUUAGCCCACGAACGAGCCAGAAGAAGAAAAAGCGACUAUCCAGGAAGUUUUGA